AUGACAUUUGUCAACCCCUUCGUCCCCCAACAGAUACCUUCUCCUACACCCAAGACCAAACCGAAACUCAGAUCAUGUCUCUCUCCUUCCCGAUCACCUUCCAUCACUGCUUAUGCAGAUGAUAGUGCUGCAUAUACACCCAGCGGAUCCAGAUCGACGUCUUUCUCUUCGUGUACUAGUGCGAAUGGGGAUGGGUGGAAGAGAGCAAAGUGCGUUAGAUGGCAGGAGAUGAAUGGAUGUGCCGUCACAUCCACGUACGACACCUACUCUCACGAAGAGUACGACCGAACACCCCUAGAACCUCCCAGUGUAGCAGAACGUGAAUGCGCAUUACCCGAACGUGGAUCCAGAUGUCUCUCCAUAUCUAGAGAUUGUUUCUUAUCGGAUUCGAACUCUUACCUUGAUGAUCAUGAAGAUGAAGGUGAAGAUACCAGUGGGGACUCUUAUUUCUUGAAUACUCCUCCACCGACCGAAACUUGUUCUGAAGAUGGUGAAGCCGACGAAUACGAGGCGAGGGAAAAAGAAGAUUGGGAAGAAUGUAUGGAUCGCCGAAGACAGAUGUUCGCCAUGAUGUGUCCUCAACUUCGACAAAUGAAUGGUGAUCAUCAUUCACCGGUGGAUCAUGACAGGCAUCCUGAAUUUGAGGGAUAUAAAUCUAUAUCGGCGACUUUGGCAAACCUCUUGAAAUUAGUUAGUGAUGAUCAGAAUGAACGUCCGUCAGAUCAGGAAGGAGAGGAGGAUCAGGAGGGAGUGGAUGAAGUGGUAAAAGGAGAUAAUUGUGGAUUUGGAUUUACCUCCUUAACGAGAGAUAUAUUAGAGAUUGAUACGCCUAGUUUGGUAUCCAGCGAGAGUGAAUUAGGGUUAGAUGAUGAUGACUGUAUCAUCCAAUCUCCAUGUGGAUCCAACAAUGGAAGUGGGAAUUCAACGAUCAUACCGAAUAUUUCUCAACAGCAUCAGCAACAAGGGAUGAUGUGUGCGGAAGAAUUGGUGAUGGCUGCUUGGUCGAAUAAGCAGAAGCAGAAUGAGAGGGGAAGAGAGAGGAUGAGAAGGGAAAUAUAA